AUGACUCUUUGUCUUUGGUUAUAUAGAAACGAUGUCCUAUGCAGUGAACAACAUGUAUUCAGAAAUAAGAGGUCAACAACAACUGCUAUUUAUGAGUACAUCAAAUCCAUAUUGAGCCUUAUGGACAAAAAACAAGAAUUAACAGGAGUAUUUAUUGAACUGUCAAAAGGUUUUGACAUGGUGGACCAUAAGAUUCUGCUGUCAAUCCUUGAAACAUAUGGUAUUCAAGACUUUAAAGGAAGUAAAUAUGGUGUUCCCCAAGGAUCAGUAGUGGGACCCCCUUCUGUUCCUUCCGUAUAUAAACAAUCUCAGCUUAAAUGUGGAUGCACAUAA